GUUACAAAUUUUCCCUUCCUUUCAAUCCCUUCAGAUCUUCACCUCACAAAGAGCUGCAUCUUCUUCCUCCAAGCUGUAGAACAUUCUGAGAGCUCCCUUCAUUCUCUUGUUACAGAAUUUCCUGAAAGCCACAAAUAAAAAAAAAACAAUCACCAAGAAACAGAGAGAAAAUUCAGAUACAUAUCGUUUCCUUUAUCUGCGUGAGAAGAUGAUCCCUUUCACAAAGCAGAGAAGCUCCAAGAUGAAGCAUUCCCUUCACUAGAUGCUCUUGAACAAGUUCACUGAAGCCAGUGAUGGAUAUGCUACGCGGCGUGCAAAGAAUCGGCACCGGUGGAAGCAAGGAGUGCUCAGAGCAGACGAAGCUGCGGCGUGUCAGGCUUCCCUUCUGGUCCUGCCCUCCGAGUCGGCCUCCAGGCACCUGAGCUGGUUUCGUGUUCGUGUUCACUGCCCCUCUCUUCUUGGUGUCCUUUAGUUCGUGAUCAAUCCGAAGGGCAUCAUAGGCCAGGUUUUCCUGUGCCCUUCUGCUUCCUGUCUGUUCCUGUCCUCCUCCCAUCCUGGAACGACAUGGCUCUGCUUUUCCUGUGAUUUCGUUGCGAGCUUGUUCCUGCGAUCCUGCCGUUCUGAGGCGAUCUUGGGAGAAGGGCUCUAGCUUGUCUGGGCCGUGUUCUUGGGAACCAGGGCGUUGGUGUUGCUGCUGUUUGCCUCCUUGUUUCUUGCUGCCUUUCCUUGUCGAAGCCUGCGGGUCCUUGGGAAACAACGGUGCUUGGACUUUGCUCUUCUAUUCUGUGCAAGACUCUUGACAUUCUGGAGGCGUGUUCUUGGCCCUUGUGAUCCCUUGGAAGAAGCAAGAAGCAACAUCUCUUGCUCAACUUGCACUGCCUUGUUAGGAUUGCAAGGAAACAGGAGUCCUUGGGCCCUGAUCUUUAUAUGCCGCUCGCCUUCUACCGUGCUGGGCCAGUUGAAGAAACUGUACUCUCACCUUGCAUUUACUGAACUGCAGUCUGCAGUUUCACUGUUAUGCCAUUUUUGUCUUGUGGAUCAUUGUCGUUCUGCCAGCAUUUCGCGACGACAUGGGCUCUGCCCCCUUCAGCGACUCCGGGCUCUUCGACGGGUUCUUCUACGGACAUGAACUUGGCCAGCCGGGAGCGUCGACGUCGUCUGUCCUUUUGGACGGCAGAACGGAGGAGCUGAACGCGGCCUCCACGGAGCAGCCGAAGAGAAAGGGCGACCAUACCAAGAAGGCGGCGAUGGCCCUCAAGAGCCACAGCGAGGCGGAGCGGCGGCGGAGGGAGAGGAUCAACGCGCACCUCGCCACGCUCCGGAGCAUGGUGCCCUGCACUGACAAGAUGGACAAGGCCGCGCUGCUGGCGGAAGUAGUAACCCACGUCAAGAGGCUCAAGAGCAGCGCGGCGCGAAUCAGCAGGCACUGCGCCGUCCCGGCCGACGCGGACGACGUCGCCGUCGAGCUGGUCCAUGACGCACCAUCAUCAUCGCCAUCUCGCGGCAGGAUCGUCGGCCACAACGGCGGAGGCUCCCUCGUCAGGGCGACGCUCAGCUGCGACGACGGCGCCGACCUCUUCGCGGACGUCAAGCACGCGCUGGGGCCCCUGCGGCUCAAUGUCGUCGGCUCCGAGGUCACCACGUUGGGCGGCCGCGUCCGGUUCACCUUCCUGAUGUCGUCGUGCGGGGACGACGUCGUGAGCGUGGACGCGGUGCGCCAGGCGCUCCAGUCCGUCCUCGACAAGGCCAACACCGCGCUCGAGUUCGCGCCGAGGGCGUCGCUUCUCAACAAGCGCCGGAGGGUCUUGACGUUCGAGUCCUCGUGCUCUUCUUCUUGACAAACGCCGGAUCAUGCAUGGACAAGAUAUCCUACUCUCCCUUACAAAUGGUCUUGCCAUUUGCUAGGUAAAGAAGAAGUUGCACUGAUUUACUACUACCACUGUUGUCAAGGUACAAACUGAAGUGAUUUCUAGAAUAUCGGUUUGCAGAAAGUGCUCGUGUUUACCUUUUAAUUUGUAAGAAUAUUUUGCUCCCUGCAUGCUUACUUUUGUAACAGCUUCACUCUUUAAUUACUGUCAUUUAAAUUAAAUGUACUAGCUAGCUGGCCCCCUUUAGACAGAUGUAGAUUUUUUUUCACUGCAUGUGCAGAAGCAGAACAUCACUAACUAAGAUUAACGCUGGUGAGAUCAGUCCAUCCAUUGAGCUCAUGCAGCAAUCAAGACUGGUAGACGUUGAUUUUCAAAUUCGAAUCUUGCAAACAACUGACCAAAUUGAAUCUUUUGUGACAUUGCAUCUGAAUCUUGCACCAACAUACAAAUUGCAACAGUAGCCCCACCAUCAGUUCAACUUCAAAGCCCCUUACCCUACAUAUUUUUUAGAAAAAGGAUAGUGUUCCGGUCUUUUACAUCUGGUGAUGCAUACUGUCUUUGUUGUAUUAUUACAUCAUCUCAGCCUAUUGAAAAAAUAGAGUUAUUUUAGACAGGUUACAUGAUAUUAUUCAGCACAUAACAUAUAACUAAACUACAGUUAAUAUUGGCAAAGAGUUCCAUAGCUGCUACAUCCAAAUUCUGGCAAUCUAGUUUGAUCUCUUCCCUUUGGUCCUCCUUUUGUAACAGUCUCAAAAUAUUAACUAGUAUGUGCCUCUGAAGAGUGCCUGUAAAAAAAUAUGUUGUUGCUCUCUUAUUAAAUACAAUAUCAUUGCGUCAUAGUCAAAUCGUCCAAAAUAGAGUGACUAUCCCAACUAGGAUCAUUUUCUUUUUAUUUGCAUCCAUGUCGAGUAACCAACCACCCAUAAUAUGGUUCGUGUUCCUUAGCAUGGUAAUGUCUAAGACAAUCUAGAUAAUUUGGCAAAUCGAAUAUGAGAGUGACACUUGAAAAAUAAGUGUUGAAUGCUUUUAUUGUGGUUGCAAAAACAACAUUUGAGAUUCUUAUUUCAUUUUCUUUUGGUUAGAUUAUCCUUAGUCAAAAUUACUUAUCCUGAUAAAUACCAUAAGAAAAACUUAAUUUUAAGUGGGAGCUUUAGCUUCCACGGCCAUCGUGAUGGAAGGGAAAAGAAUCGAUGAAUCAUCAUAUUAUACAUGGACUGUGCAGAAAAAAUGGCCAUUGACAUGUAUAUUUAUCAAAAUGUAUUUGUUUCGUUUGUUAAUUGAACAUGUAUUAUUUUAAAACUAAAUUAUGACAAGCGAUUAAUAUGUCCCUGGGAAUAGGUAUGUGGAAGGAAAUAUUAAGAGGUAUUGAUCUCAUUACGUUAGCCACAGUGUCUUGCUUUCUCCUUACUAUAUUAUACAAUGAGAGGAGUUGCUCACUAAGGGGUUUUAUGAUCAAUCAUAUGCCUUUUCAGAACCUGAUUUGUGUUCUAUGCUUAAUUUGAAAAGAAUUCAAUUUAAGAAACCCCCCUAACUUUCAUCAACCUAGACAAAAAUAAGAGUCAUCUAACUUUCUUUCUACUUAGGUGAAAGCUUUACUAUCAAGAUAUUUAUUCAUUAGUAGACCUUGCCAAACAACAUCAUCGUUUAGUAAUUUAAAAAGCCACUUACUAAAGAGAUAAAUAUUUUUGAUCUUGAUAUUAGUAAUGUCUAAUCCACUUAGUCACAGAGCUGACAGAGGAUAUCCCAUCUAACAUGUUUGUAUUUAUUUUAUGAUCAUCCUCUUGCUAAAAGAACCCUACCCUACAUAUGGAGUUGGAUAUUCAUUACUGGAAUAACCGAUGGUGCGUAUUGUGCCCGUCAUAAGUUGAGGACAGCAAAAGGAUCUAUGAGAUUUUUUCUCUCUCUCUCAAACAUGUAGAUAGUUAAGUGUUAUUAUAUUAAGAGGGAAAAAAACUGGUCUGAAUACAAAGCCAUUACAAAGUUACUGUUUCUUGUACAUGCGCGCCACACAAAAGAUGGAUCUUUGAGAUCUUAAAUCUAUCUAUUUGAGAGAGAAAAAAGCAACCAUGUUCGCUUUUAGGGUCACAAAAUUAUCAUAUUAAUCUAAAAAAGAAAAAAAAAACUAGACCGCUCAUUAUUAUAAACAUCUAACGGUCUUAGAAUGGAAAAAAGAAGGAUUCUUUUCUUUUUUAGAUUAAUAUGGUAAUUUUGUGACAUUAAGAGCGAACAUGAUGACUCUUUUUUCCCUCAAAUAUUAAGAUAACUAGCAAAGUGGCUUACGCUAAAUAGCGUGGCCAGUCUCGCUAUAGUAUUUUAUCAUGAUAACAUUUGAUUAAUUGUAUUUUGCAUGGACUCUUUAUUUAGAUAUUUGAUUUUUUUUCUAAGGCAUUAUUUCAUAUGGAUCCUUCUUUUUUCCAUUCUAACCCCAAUUUUAAUUAUUAAUUAUUUUUUAUUUUAUUUGAACUCUUUAUUUAUAUAUUUUGCUUUCCAAGUUGUAUGAAAGUCGAACUGCUAAUUUUUCAUAUUUUUUAAUUCCGAAUUUACCUAUUUAUUAAUCGUAUUUGUUAUGGACUUUUGUUUAAUCUAGACAGUUAGAUUAAGAAGCACUAUAUAGUCUAAGGUCAUCGCAUCAGGUAGGCAACAAGCAAGGUACAGAGGCCAAAUAAACAUAUUCUGAUUUUAUUAUGAUACCUAAACAUGACGCACAAUUAUGACAGUUGAUCAAAAUAUAUAUGAAUCGAAUCAAUACAUAAAAAAGCUAAAGAGACCAAAUUUUAAUAAAAAAUUACCAUGAUAAAAUAUUAUAAGGAGACUAGCCACUUUAUUAACUUAAGCCAUUUCAAAAAUCAGUCGCCCCUUCCCUUGCACUAGAGUUCUAUCAAUAAAAAAAAACUCAACUAACUUAGAAUGAAAUGGGUAUAUAAGAAGAAACAUUCAAAUUCAAGAUGAGGAGGAUUCGAACCUAGAUAUUGAGAUAUACACUGGCACUUCCCACCUAAUUAGCCAGAGUUCUACCAACGAUGCUAAGCAUUACAGGUGAUCCAUGUAAUGCAGCCAUGGGUGCAGGAGGACGAGAGGCUCCCAUGUGUUGCAACAGUCAAAUCCACAUCAGCAGAAGCUCAGCUGCCCCCAGACCUGCACCCAUUCUAGGAAUCUAUCUUUAGCCUCGUGCAGAGCAGCCAAGCACUAUUAAACUCGGGUAAGUACUCUUCACAUCUGAAAAUGAGAUGAAUCAAGUCAGAUUCCUUUGCUUUAACAGAUCUCAAGUUGAUCUCGGCUGAUGAAUUCACGCCGAUGGUUCACAGCCUAAUAAUCAGGUUGCAUUGGCCCAAUCAGCUCUGUUUUGAUGUCCAUUGCUGAUCACUAGCUUUUGCAUGACAAGAAUAUCGACUCAGUAGAUCAAUAUUUCUGCAGAGGCAGAGGUGAACCAGAAGGAGAAAGGCAAGAUACAUAUACAGAGCUAGCUCAAUCUUACUCUACAUAAAGCAGAGUAAGGAUAAAUUAAUCUGGUGAUAUUUUUGUCAAUUGAAUAGCAUAACAUAGGCACUAGGUUCUUUUCAGAUCCCGAAGGAGCAGUGCAUGCACGGGUAUUAGUUGUUGAUCCCAAAGAAUGACUAAUAAGCAAUUCGAGUAUGUUCUUCCCUGCAGCUGGUUAGUGCAUGCAUGAUGUGUUAUUGACGAUCGAUUAAUCAACAGUCUGGCAUUGCUGGUUUUCUCCGCUUGGUGAUGGAGAGACCCACAUGCAUCACUAGUCCAAUGAGAAUUGAGAUCUCGAGUAGAUUAGAUUCUCCAAUAUAUGAUCAUCUCACAUUGUAACUGUAAUUUAGUGGCAAUUAUAGGUUGAACCGUUGAAGUGUAGACCUAAACUAUUAUUCCUAUCGAUCGGGCAGAGCUCCUAGAGAAGAUUAUUGUAUCAGAUUUAGUGCUA